AUGCAGACAUUUGAAAAUUUUCUCGUGUGGUACAAUAACCUGGAGGUGGUGCUGUUUAUAGAAGCGGUCGAGAAAAUGAGUCAAUUCUGGCGAGAAAGGAAGAUUGACAUGUUCAAAGACGGGAUCUCGGUCCCUGGUUUAACCCUCAAGUACCUCUUCUCAUACCUCUCACCUCAAACUUACUUCAGUCUCUUCGAUCAAGCGAACAGCGAUCUCUAUCACCUCAUUAAAGACAACAACACAGGCGGCCCAAGUAAUAUUUUCCACCGAUAUCAUGUAGCAGGCAAAACAAAGAUCAGAGAAGCAGAGGAAGACGAGGCUGCUAAGCCGUGUGAGAAGAUCGUUGGCUAUGACGCAAACGCGUUGUAUCUCUGGGCGCUCAUACAAGAUAUGCCCACGGGAAGUUUC